AUGGUCAGCUACCGCGAAGGGGUCGCUAUCCUCCAAAUCAUCUUCUACUUUCUUUGCGUCCCCCUUGCAUUAUUCCUCUGCAAGCGCCAUGGCUUUGCCAAGUCUUCUGGAUGGUACUUCUUGAUCCUAUUCGUGCUGUUCCGCCUAACAGCUGGAAUAUGCACACUCAUCUACACGCAAGCGGUCGGGAAUGGCGAUGGGACAACGGCGACGAAUGCCGUGACGGGCGCCAUCGUAUGUAACAGCACAGGUCUCUCACCACUCAAUCUAAUACUUUUGGGGCUUUUAAGCAGAGUGAACGAUCAUAUCGCUGAAGGCACAGGGAAGGUUCCGCCUCGUGUGUUCAAGCUCAUCGGUCUAGUUUCACUGGUAGGCCUGAUCCUCAGUUCGUCCGGUGGCUCAUCAAGCACCUAUCAUGAUGACGGUAGUGUCACAAUCGCUACGACCUCAAAGGCUGCCCUCAUCAUGUUCUUCAUCAUUUUCAUCGUCCAAGUCUUCCUUACGAUCUAUUUCCAAACUCGUUCCCGCGCAAUCGACAAGGGCGAAAAGAGACUUGUACUGGCGGUCGCUAUCUGCAGCCCUUUCCUAAUCAUCCGUUACGCAUACCAAUUCGAAUACACCUUCACCGGAAAGCGGAAGUGGAGCUCUACGUUUGGUGAUGUAACGCUGUUUCUGAUCCUUUUCGUUUUGACGGAAAUCAUCGUUGUUACGACGUGCAUCGCCGUAGGUUUAACACUGCGCAAACGACCUGCAACGGCUCAAACGCACGAUGAGCUAGCGGAAAGCGGAGCAUCGGCUGAUGAGGUUGAAACCUCCAGAAGACAGGCGCAGAUCAAGAGGCGAAAGGCUCGUGGCCCGAUCUCGUGGCUGUAUUACACCAUACAGGAGAGCGUGAAGAACAAUUCGAAGAGUUCGCAGCAACCACAUCAGGUAGAGGGCUAUAGCCAUAAGUGA